UGAGAGACGAAGAAGAAGGACAGGAGAAUAUAGAGAGUCAAUGACUGGCCGCUUACUUCAGAAAACUCAUGUCUCCCAUUUGGUUUGGAAGAAUAUGUGUGGUCCUGCUGCUGUGCAGGAUUGUGGCAUCGAGAACCCGUAGCAGAUCUAGUCGAAGGAAACGUGAGUGGAUUCUUCCACCAACAAGACUGUUUGAGAAUGUUGACUACAGAAAAGAGGAGUAUGUGGCAAAAAUCCGAUCUGAUAAAGAUCUUCACGGCCAGAUGGUGGAAUAUGGACUGUCGGGUCAUGGUGCUGACAAGGCACCCUAUAAUUUGUUUGUUAUCAAUCCUGAGACUGGCUUUGUUAAAAUCACUGGCUUGCUAGACAGAGAGAAAACAGCCUUAUACAAUCUGACUGGAAUAGCAAGAUUCCGUAAUGGAUCAAUCGCAGAGGAAAAAAUUGAGCUGAAGAUUAAAGUUGAUGAUCAGAAUGAUAACCCACCAAAAUUCAGAUUACAAAAGGGAGCUGUGAAGGAAAGCAGCAAGACUGGAACACCUGUCAUACAGAUAACAGCUACUGAUGCAGACGAGGAAGGCACUAUCAAUUCCAAAAUAGCAUACAGUAUAGUAAAACAAACACCCAUGGAAUCUGGGCAUAGUUUCUCCAUCGAUAAAGAUACUGGGAAGGUCUAUGUAAAGGAAAAAACCCUGGAUCGAGAGAGACAUGACACAUAUACUUUAAUAGUUCAGGGGGUUGAUAUGAAUGGGGCCCCAUCUGGCAACACAGGGACAGGCACAGUUCAAAUUCACAUUUUGGACAUAAAUGACAAUGUCCCCACUCUUGAGAAGGAGGAGUAUUUAGGCAGUGUUGAUGAAGGUGUGGUUGAUGUGGUCGUGAUGAGAAUAAAAGCGCAAGAUAAGGACCUGGAAUUCACUGAUAACUGGCUGGCAGUUUUUGAUAUUCAAAAAGGAAAUGAAGAUGGUCUCUUCACCAUUGAAACUGACCCUAAAACGAAUGAAGGAAUUCUAAAACUUGUCAAGCCUGUUGAUUUUGAAAAGGUAACAGCAUUGGACCUCAGCUUGGUUAUAGCAAAUGUAGCUCCUUUUAUAAAUGGAAGUGCUUUGGAGCUAGACGUUGGUCUAGACAGGGAUGGACUAGGGGCUGGAGCAGGUAUAGGGGCAGGGGCAGGGGCUGGGCUUGGGGCAGGGGCAGGAGUGGGGGUUGGGGUAGGGUUAGGGGUGGGAGUAGGUUUAGGAGUUGGAGUGGAUCUUGGGAUGGAUGCUGGAUUGGAUUUGGAUGCUGGAGUGGAUCAGGGUGCUGGAGUGGAUUUGGAUGCUGGAGUGGAUCCGGGUACUGGAGUGAAUGUUGGAGUAGAUGCAGGUGGUGGGGCUAAACCUGAUAUUGGGCUUAAACCCAUCCCUGAAACUAAACCUGGAACCAAGCCUGGCCCCUCACCUGGUGUCAAACCUGGGACAAAACCAGGAACAAAACCUGGCUCCAAACCUUCUGGAAAACCUGGAUCUGACCCAGAUAAAAAACCAAGUGGGAAAGGUUACCCAGUAAGAAUCAGUGUCAACAACUUACCUGAUGGUCCUAUCUUCUCACCUUCUGUGAAAGACUUCCCUGUGUCAGAGGAUCCUGAUAAUGCAAAAAUUCCAAAAGUGCUGGGCACAUUUGCUGCUUUGGAUGGUGAUACUGGAGAACCAGCUGAAAAUGUAAGGUAUGCUAAAGGUCAUGACCCUGAUAACUGGAUAACCAUCGAUGAGGAGAAAGCUGAGAUUAAACUGGCAAAGGUUCCUGAUCGGGAAUCGAAGUUUCUGGUCAAUGGAACUUACAUUGCAAAGAUUAUCUGCAUUACUCAAGAUGUGCCAGCUAAGACUGCUACUGGGACAAUAGUAUUGAAGGUGGAGGAUUCCAAUGACCACUGCCCCACAUUGACCAGCACCUAUCAACAAGUCUGUGAUGAUACUAAAGUGAUGAAUGUCACAGCUUUCGAUGAGGAUGUUCAUCCUAAUGGCGCCCCUUUCCAGUUUGUUUUGAUAGAGGAGGAAACUAUGGGAAAAUGGGAGAUGGAACCUAUAAAUGGAACAUCAAUGAGUUUUCAUACACAGGAGUCUCUGUGGCCAGGCAUCUAUGAGCUGGCAGUGAAAAUUUCUGAUGUUCAGGGUCUGACCUGUACAGAUAUCCAAAAGCUGGAAGUAGAAGUUUGCAGCUGUAGGAAUCAUGGCUCCUGUGGGCCAAGGCUAGCUGCUCAGCAUGGCUCUCCAUUCAAAAUCAGAGCACCAGCUCUUGGAUUAUUCCUCAUCAGCCCAUGUUUACUCCUGAUGAUACCCUUCCUCCUGAUCUUCUGCCGGUGUGGGACAGUGGUCGAGUUCACAGAUUUGCCCUUUGACACUAAAGAACAUCUCAUCCCAUAUCACACUGAAGGAAAGGGGGAGGACAAGGAGGUUCCUCUUCUCAGCAGUACUCUUCCUACAACAGACCAAAACAACAGACUGCUGUUGCAGAAUGGCAAGGAUUCCAACAAAGUAUGCUCGAUGCCUGUUUGUGCAAUUGUUGCAAAUGGCAGUAGAACAUUGAACCAGGAAAUAAAUGGAGGGUUUUCAGAAACUGACAACAGGCUUUGGUACUGGCAAAACACCCUUGUAGCCAACCAGCACAGCAAUUACUACUCUUCAUCCCUAAGGAAUGAAAAGAAUGACAUUUAUGAGGAAAUGGCACUGGCUGAUGAGUUUCUGAAUGAAUACUACACUCAGAAAGCGAGUUGUGCUGCAGACAACCCUCCUCUGAAAGAUGGUCCUCUGGUUUAUGAGUAUGAGGGUCGAGGAACCCCUGCUGGCUCUGUUGGCUGCUGCAGCCUCCUUGAGUCAGAUGAAGACCUGGAGUUCCUGAACAACUUGGGUGCAAAGUUCCUUCCAUUAGCAGACAUAUGCCAUCCUCCAGAACCUUGCUCACCACCUCCCAAAAUUGAGCAAAAAGUCAAAUCAGUUGAAACCAGCUUGAAAAGCAAGAGCCCUGUCACAGCUAGUACUCCCCAGGUUACCAAAACCCCUCCACCUCCACAACAGGUACAGCAAAGCUCCAUUACCAAAGUUAAGGAGACAGUCCACAAAUCAGCCACCCUUCCAAGUGCCAAAGCAAGUCAGACCGUUAUUAUGCAUCAUCAGCCUGUAUUCUAUCUGAUGGAGCAGCAAAUACCAAGCACGGUUCUUCUAGCUGAAAGUCCCACACAGGGUUUGUACGUAAUAAAUGGAAACCCAGGAACGGAAGGUUUGGUACUCCAAAGCAAAAACAUUUCACAGGCAACUCUGAGCAGAGGACAGCAGGCAAUGUAUGUGAUCGAUGGAGCCCCUGUAUCUCCUAAGCAGCUAGUACAGGUAAAAACAGCAGUGCAGGGACAGGAAUCUGAGCUAGGAUUUAGCCCUGUCUCAUCUCCCAUUGGAGUGACUGGGGGUGUAGUGUUAAUGCAGACCCAGAUGAGCACAGAGAAGGUAAUGCAGGGGGAGGUCAGCGGACCAAAAAUGGUGCUUCAUGAUCCAACAGCACUGGGAAAAAUAUAUAAAAAGAAGACACCAUCUGAGUCACUGGUUACUAAGAUAGAAAAGGCUGAUCUAAAAGAAAAAAAACUGGUAUCAUAUAAACAAGUAUCAGAAGAUUAAGUUAGACAAGCUUCUAUACAGAGGGCCCAAAAUGAACCUUUUGCCUCAUCUGCCAAUGAAUGGUGAAUUAUUAGCUUUAAAUAUUCCUUACCAGCCAUGAAACAGUGACUAUGAUUAAAUGGACACCAGAAAGCAACUUUAUUGCGAGAAAGUAGCAUUCUCAUUUACAUGCACUGUAUGUAACAUCUGUAGGAACAAGGCGUGAGGAGGAACUAAGUGCAGGCUUUUAUUUAUAAAACUCAGAAAACUAAACACACAUAACUCAACACAUAACAGAGGCACAAACCAAACAUCCAUAAAAGUUUAACAACUGACAAAGACAGAGAGAAUACGAGGGCAAUAUAUACACAGACAAGCAAAACAUAUGACAAAGACAACCAAUAACAAGACUAAACUAAUAACAAGAUAACAAGACUACUAAACAGAAACCAAUAACAGAACAGAACUGAUAACAACUUAACAAGACAAUAAACCAAAGAGAACAAGACACAUGAACAUGAGGGAAACAGGAUAUCACAAGACUAGACAAGGAAAACACAGAACUAUACACUAAAAGUCUUAAAUCCACCUAGCGACCACUAGUGGCUGCUAGCACAAAUGUCCAAAAUGUAACAAUGUAUAAGCACCAUACUCUUUACUCCUGUAUACAUGCAGCUCAGUCAGCAAUCAGCUUUCUCCACAGUACUGUAAUUUCCCCAUGAUGCUAGUGUAAAUAACAAACAUGUUAUCCAAGGAAGACUUUUUAUCACCCGUUGCUUCACUUUAUUUCCAGAGAGUUGUUGCUGUGUUUGUUUCCUUAAAUUUCUAUUGCGACCUGCACUGGAAUUGCGCUGCAAUAGUGGGGUUUCCCUCUUACGUAAAAUCUCCGGGAUUCCCCCAAUGUAAGAGCGCAUUUACGCUAACGUGAGGGACAGUUUAUAUUUUACAGUGGUGUGCAUAUAUGGGUGUAGUUUAUAGUGUAUUUUCUUUUCCCACUGUACUCCCAGAAAUUUUACAUUUUUUCCACUUUGUUGAAUUGUUGUUUGGCUCCAUUCUAUGACGUUUGAUAUUCGGCCUGUUCACACACAUGCGCACUCCUCAAAAACCUGUUAGAACGCAGCUUACUGUAUGUGUUUACAUGACCACAUAAGCCGCAUUUUCUGGGAGAAACCUGGGUGUGUUAAACUGCUUUCUCUUAAUUCCUUAAAUAGCUAAAGAAAUCGGCGUUCUCUUUUACAUGCUCUUUCAGAACACCGCUUACUGUAAAAACCCUUUAAUAAACCGUUUUCUUAAGUGCAUGUAAAUGUGGUCAGUUUUUAACCUUAUUUCACUAAAACUGUAUAUUGUUUGUUCCUUUGACAAAGGAAAAAGUGCAGAAAGUCCCGCACAGUAUCAUAGUUUAGCAACUCUGUGAAAAUCCUGUCGCAAAAAGAGAACCAUUGUGACCAUAAUUUAGUUUUGGUGGCUUAUCACUAGGAAUCUGUCACCACAUGGAGAUCUGGAGUUAGGACAAUACAAGAAAAUUUGUGUCCUAGCUAAACCUUUGAUGAUACAUUUUCUGCUAAGGUAAAAGUUGUUAGAAAAUGUGCAACAGUUACUGACAUUAACUUGUUUAUAUCUCUUUGAUUUGAUCACGUUGCUAAUGUCAGAGAGUUUGAGAGGCCGUUCACACUGAAUGUGUCCUUGAGCUAAAUAAGCUAUAUUAUGUUGCAAUUCCUAAAAAGGCAUGUUUUAUUUACUCACCAAAGCCAAUUUAUUCUUAUUUGAUGCUUGGCAAGUUAAUUUUGGACCCUGUCUAUACAGCUUGUUAAAACUGAUAGAUCUAAAACAACUACAUACAUUUUAGCAAAGUAAAUGGCCGUGUCUCAAAAAGUAGUUAGCUGUCUACAUAGGCAGCUUUUUAUGGCGUCUUAGGUGUGCUCUUGAUAUUUCAGUUUAAAAAAGGUAACCUUCUAGCUAUGAUGGAUUGCGACAAGCUUAGUGAAAAAAAAAAUCCAUUCAAGUUGUUGGAUGGAGCUGAGGGAAAUAUUGACUAUAAAUUACUUAAAAGUAUAUUUUUGCUCAUUACAGAAAAGCAUCAUUAAGAAAUAUUUCCAUCAAAUAAAAAAAUUAUUAUUUCAUCUAAUAUUUGAAUGUAUUGCAUUUGCGAUUAUUACUUUGUGCUCAUUUGCUUUUUUACAUGCUAACGACAGAAUGAACAUUUAGUUCACGAGGAGCACAAUUUGCUUUUGCUAUCUAUGAAAAGUACUUCAAAUUAGUCACUUAUAAGGUUCCAUUUCAGCCCAUGUAAGCAUUAGACAGCAAGCCAGCUCACUAGGUUUUGAAAAAACAGCCAAUAUCUGUCGUUUUCAAGUAGUCAGUGCAACACAAAAAGAGAAUUGACUUAAAAGUGAUGGAAUGUUUUUAAUUUCUAAACAGACAGAUACGAUCAUAGAGUUAGAUCAAAGGCAAUCAACUCUGAACCAAAUGGGUGUCUGCUUCUUUCUCAGAGGGCAUAAAGACAGAAUCAGGAGGUGUCACAUAAUCACAGAAAUACACUUUCAAAUGCAGAGCAAACGCUUGAAUCAAAACAGCAAAACUAAACCCAGGUGCUUUAUCUAUUGAAGCCACUGCUUGUUUGAAUCCAACUAAUGUUGUGACCCAAUUCUGUCCACCUCUCCUUCUCACCAUUGUUUUUUGUCAUCUUUACACUUUUGCUGGCCAAGCAAAGGACCACACAAGCUAUAUUAAAAACAAUACAAAAUAAAAAUGUAAUCUAAAUUCUUUAAAUAUUAAUCAAAUUGUUUCUCAAUUUCUAUUUUUAUUUUUUAUUAAUAACUUUCAAUUUUUUUACACACUGACAUUUGCAAGCACUUUUACUGAUACUGACAAUUUUGACAAUUAUCUAGUGAUUUCUUUUGCCUGUAUUUAUGGGAUUUCUGAUGACAACACUCUUUAAUAAAUUACUUUAAC